UACGGUGGCUCAAAACGAGAUCAGCAAAUUGACCUAAACCUCCUUCUCAAUAUUCCGCUUUUAGCCUUUGCGGCUACUUUCUGCCAAAUCGGUAGCUGUGGCCACAUACUGCUUUGGAGGCAAAGCUCCAAUCUUAUUUGGGUUCAAGCCAGAAUAUUUCUUUCUCAUCAAUUCCGCCACAGGUUUCAUCAAUACAUUCGUAAAUGUUUACACAAAAGCAGACCCAUCGUGGUCAAUACUUCAAAUAGUCACAGCGUCAGUGACUGGUGGUUUCAUGCUAUUAUCUGGAAUUUGUUUCAUAAUCUAUCAAUAUAG